GGUAACUUAUCAGCAAGUGCCAGACAAGAACAGGCCUUUGGUGAGCCCUGUUAUCAGCCCCAGAGUCCACAGGACACUUGGGUUAAUGUGUAACCACAAGGCUUCCCCUCUGCCCUCUGAAGCCACUGGCUCCUAAAGAGAAGCAACUCAACAUGGAUGCUAGAAAAGAGGGGCUGCGUCUGGAGACACUCUUUUCAGACCAAUGCUGAGAAUGGGAGGCUGAGAGGCUUCCCUCUCCUGAAGUACCCACAGGUCCGCAGGUGGCUGGCCCCCUUCAUCCUUGCCUGUUCCCUUUACUUCCUCCUCUGGAUUCCUGUGGACCAGCCAUCUUGGGUCAGUGCCCUGAUCAAGUGCCAGCCCAUUCUCUGCCUGGUUGUGUUCCUGUGGGCUGUGGCCCCUGGUGGGAGCAACACCUGGCUCCUGCAGGGAGCUCUUGUAUGUUCUGCUGUGGGAGAUACCUGCCUCAUCUGGCCUGAAGCUUUCUUUUAUGGCAUGGCAGCCUUCUCUGUUGCCCACUUAUUCUACCUCGGGGCUGUUGGCCUGACCCCACUGCAGCCCGGAUUGCUGCUGUGCACCACCUUGGCCUCUCUGACAUACUACAGUUUCCUGCUGCUACACCUUGAGCAGGGCAUGGUCUUGCCCGUGGCGGCCUAUGGGCUGAUAUUGAACUCCAUGCUGUGGCGCAGCCUUGUCAGGGGCGGAAGCGCUAGCUGGGGUGCUGUGCUCUUUAUGUUCUCAGAUGGUGUGCUGGCCUGGGACACUUUUGUCUAUUCUUUACCUUUUGCCCGCCUAGUGAUCAUGAGCACCUACUAUGCAGCCCAGCUCCUCCUCACCCUGUCGGCUCUCAGGAACCCAGGGCUCAAAACCCACUAAUUCAGGCCCCAGACAGCCUGGUGUCCCCUCCCAUAGGAACCUUGGCUUUCCACACUGACCCAGCAUGGCAAGUGAAUGCUUCCAGUCAUGUGCUGACAGAUAUGUAGCCAUCUUUAACAUCUGAAUACUGUUGGCAGAAUUUCAGAUCUACCACUGAUUUCAAGCUGCCUUCCCUGGAUUCUUCUGGAUUCCAGGACCCUCAACCCAACCCAUAUCCUGUCUUCCACCCCCAUGCCCGCUUCCUUUUCCCAGUCAGCCUUUCCUAUCCACCUGCCCUUUACACUGCUCCAGAUCUGGUUCUAGCUGUUUAAGUAAAAUGAGUUUUGGAACAUCAGUGUCACCGUUAUUUGAGGGGGAUGAUGACAGUUCUAACAGCAAGCAUGGAUUUAGAAAAAAAUGAUUAAGGUGUGAGUCUUAGGGUUUCUAUUCCUGGACAAAACAUGACCAAGAA